GUAAGUCGGCCGUUCGCUGUCAGGCUCGAAUCCACCGUUGGACUACCACCACACUAUUCACCACGUCAUCCUCCUAGCUCCCGGUGUAGCGCGGCUGUGCCCGGUUGUGGGCCAACGUCGUCCAACUGGCCUCGACAUCCCAACCUGUUCGAGAGGUCGCAACUCUCAGGCAGGCUGACGGCCAUGACCGGCCCCAUGGCAUUCCAUGCCCAAACUGCGUCCUUUGCUGGGCCUGCCGAUGGAGAACACAUUCAGUCAGCAGAUGCCAUGACGACUCCGCCUACGAAUGAAAAGAAGUCAAAGAGCACUCGCGUGCGCACCGGCUGUCUCACGUGCCGCGACCGUCAUCUCAAAUGCGACGAAGCGUUUCCCGACUGUCAGAACUGCAAAAAGUCAAAUCGCGAAUGCCGGCGAGGCCUGCGUGUCAACUUCCAGGAGGCCGACAAAAAUAUGGUCAAUUGGCCUGCUCCCUACAUCUUACCUCCAGGGCCCGACUAUCGUAUUAGCUUCCAGGACGAAUCUCGCGAAAUCGCCUCCGAGUACAAAGGCGGCGCUGAAAAGUACCCCACUCCUCUGCAGAAAGGGACCAGUCUGCCUGAGCCCUUUGACUACCAGGACCACUAUCACUACCAGCAUCGUCCCUCGUAUUCCAACAUAGGUUCCGAUCGCAGUGGACAUGGCGGUUUUGCGCCGCCCUUGUCGCAUAAUCGUCAUGCAAGCCAGAUCCACCACCCACCCACGCCCAAUUCCGUGUCCACACAGCCAUCAGCCAAUGCCUUCAUGAACUCCACUCCCAGCGCGCAUUAUUCUGAAGCUCGCCGAGGGCCAGACGAGCUGCCGUCACAAGGCGCGAACUACCUCCAAGACCGUGAAGUCGUCCUCUUUAUGCAAGUUUAUGUUGAAGAAGUGGCCAUAUGGAUGGACAGUAUGGAUUCGAAGAAACACUUUUCACGACUCCUUCCUUUCCACGCAUUGGACCAGCCUAUGUUGCUGAAUUCAUUCUUGGCCUGUGGCGCCCGACACCUCGCCCUUGUUAACCCCAGGUACAGCGACGAUAAGGCCUUAGGCUAUUACGAUCGAGCUACUAAGCACUUGCUGGAGGCACUACAAGAUCCGUAUCGCGAUACGGUGACAUGUGCCACAGCUGCUGUUAUCCUCAACGUCUAUGAGAUCAUGUGUGAGCGCGCUCUGCAACGGAUGAAUCACAUAGCCGGUGCACGAGCUUUGAUCAAAGAGUGCGGGUGGAACGCACGCGCCACGGGUGUCGGUGCGGCAUGUUUCUGGCUCAACAUUGGCAUGGAGAUACUCAGUUGCCUUCAUUUCAAUUGGCAAGUGGCAUGGCACCCAGAUGACUGGGGUCUCGACAUGGACAUGUCUCCUGAACCAGAACUCGGCAACGAAGAGUGUUGGACCCACAGAAUCCUUUACAUUGUCGCAAAGACAUGCAACUUCCGUGCAUCAGUAUCCCACAACACAAAUAACCACACUACCCAACAACAACGCCUGACAGAAUGGGAGUCUCUCAAAGAGCUCGCUGACCACUGGGAUCGAUGCAUACCUAGGACUAUGCAUCCUGUCGCGUACCUCCAGUCAGGCCAAACCAUAUCAGGGUCUGCGUUUCCCGAAGUAUGGCUCAUAAAGCGAACAAGUAUAGUAGCCCGUCUCUUCUACCACACCUGCAUGUGCCUCCUCGCCCAAAUCCACCCUAUCGACGGACCACAGGACCCCAAAAUGCACGCUAUGCGUCAUGAACACUCUAUUCUCAUUUGUGGCAUCAGCGCGCACGUCAAGGACCGAGGCGUAGCCUCCGUAGCCCUCCGCUCUCUCGCCAUUGCAGCAGAGUGCCUAACAGAACGCCGCGCCCAGGAGGAAGUCCUCCAAAUCAUUGAUAAGAUCCAGCAAGAAACCGGCUGGCGCGUCGGCUUCAUCAACAAGGAGCUGCAAGACAAAUGGGGGUGGGGCGAGCAACAGACACAGGUCCUGGCUCCUACAGGUACACAACCUCAAGCCCAGCAACAGCAACCGCUGGUACCGCCUCAGCCUCAGCCACGGCCCGUCAUGCAGUUUAAUAAUCCGCUUGCGGGCGUGGGGUUUGAGAACCCACAACACCCUUACCAGGAGGUCUACGUCGCGCCGAGUAUAAACCAGCUUAUUCAACAGGCGCAGGCGCAGCUUCACACAGGCCAGCAGGUCGUGCAACAACAACAGCAGCAGGUUCAGCAGCAACAGUCACAGCAGGUGCAAGCACCGCCACAACCGCACAAUGGCUUUUACUACCAGUAG